CCCCAACCCGGUGCAUUCUGCUGAAAGAAGGAAUGGCUACAGCAGAACCAGCUCAGGAGCUGGGCACACCUGAGGAGGAGGAGGAAGAAGAAAAGUUUGGAUUUGACGAAGAAGGGGAGAAAACAGUGCACCUGUCUCACCCUGACCAAGCAACCCCCACGAAUGAUACUGCAGUAGGGGAAGUAGAGGACUGUGCAACAUCCCCAGAGAGUGAAAACAAGGAAGAGUACCCAGAGACUGUGAGGUCUCACAUGGCCUGUGGAAGAAGGGGGUCCUCAGACGCUAAGCGAGAUGAAAGCUUCCUCAGAGAGAGCUGGGCUUGCCCUCCUCCCUAUAUGGAGGUUCUUGGGGGCCCUCAGGACUGUGCGACCCACCAGGGGCUCAGUAACCAUCACAAAGAGCGUGGGAAGAUCCUUAAGGCCCGGCCCCCCAACCUCAUUAGCCGCCAGAGACUUCACGGGAGCAUGAAGCUCCACCGCUGUGCCGACUGCGGGAGAGGCUUUGGCCUCCUCUCGAACCUCAUCCGCCACCAGAGGACCCACGUCGGGGGGAAGCCCUACAAAUGUCCCGACUGCGGGAAAGAAUUUGGCCACAGCUCGGCCCUCAUCACUCACCGGCGCAUCCACACCGGGGAGAAGCCGUACGCGUGCAACGAAUGCGGGAAAAGCUUCAACGUGGUGUCGAACCUUCUGCGCCACCAGAGGAGCCACACGGGAGAGAAGCCGUACCAGUGCCCCGACUGCGGGCGCUGCUGCAGCCAGAGGUCUCACCUGGUCACUCACCUGCGCCUCCACACCGGGGAGAGGCCUUACCGGUGCCUGGAGUGUGGGAAAAGCUUCAACGUCAGCUCCGACCUUAUCAAACACCGGAGAAUCCACACGGGCGAGAAGCCUUACGAGUGCCGCUACUGCGGGAAGCGCUUCAGCGGCAGCUCAAACCUCAUCACACACCAGAGGCUCCACACGGGCGAGAAGCCCUACGUCUGCCCAGAGUGCGGCAAAAGCUUCCCCAUCAGCUCCAAGCUCAUCGCUCACCAGAGAAUCCACACCGUGGAGAAACCCUAUGAUGGCGCCGACUGGGGGAAGAAUUUCCCCGAAAGGCCCCGCCUGGCCAGGCGCCAGCAGAGCCCGUACCGCCGAGAGAAACGCUUCAAGUGUGGCGACUGUGGGAAGAGUUUCACCACCAGCUCCUACCUUAUCACUCACCAGCGCACCCACACGGGGGAGACCCCUUACAUCUGCAGGGACUGUGGGAAAAGCUUCACCGUCAUCUCCAACCUUGCCAGACACCAGAGAAUCCACACGGGAGAGAAGCCCUACCAGUGCCCGGACUGCGGGAGGAGCUACAGCCAACGGGCCCACUUGACGACGCACCUCAGAGUCCACACGGGAGAGAAGCCUUACGUCUGCGCCGACUGUGGGAAGAGCUUCAACGUCAACUCGUCCCUCACAAAACACCGGAGAAUCCACACGGGCGAAAAGCCCUACAUGUGCCCUGACUGUGGGAAAACGUUCAGCCAGAGCUCCAACGUCAUCACGCAUCGAAAGCUCCACCAUGGAGAGAGCCUCCUCGGUGGCCCCACAAGGAUCCUUCAGAUCAAAUCUCCAGGAGUGCGGAGGGGAAACCCGAUGGAAGAGCAGAACCCAGCAGGACCCCAAACAGAGGAGACAUUAGAAGGAGGAGGAGGACAUUUUCCUGUUUAUCGGAUUGGGAGCACUGAGGAGGUCCAAACUGAGGAAGGUCCACAAGAUGCUAAGCAGAUACCGGAUGAGGCCGCGCCACUAGGUACUAAAAGGACUCCAGGUGAAGAGGCUGCGCAGGAGGCUCAGCAGGUACCUGAUGAAGCAGGUCUGCAACAGGCCAGCCAGACAACUGACAAAAAACUCCAGCGGCCCCAGGACACCCAACAUCAGGAUUUCCAGAAGACAGCCAAGUCCCGGAGGAAGCUGCUGGUGCCUACCCGAUGGGACCACACCAAAUCUUUUCAGACUUCCUUCAGGAGAAUAGCUGAUGCCAUCCAGUGGCCUCGAGAAGAGAGGAAGACCCAGAAUCUGUUAGACCUCAGCGGAGAAGCCACUCAAGUCUAUAAGACUCUGGGCUCCAUUGGGCAAGUGGUGGACGAGGAUGCCACCAGUUUGGAGUUAUGGCGCCGGCGGUUCAGGCAGUUCUGCUACCUGGAAGCCGAGGGACCCCGAGAAGUUUGCAGCCGGCUCCAAGACCUUUGCUUCCGAUGGCUGCAGCCCCAGAAACGCACGAAGGAGCAGAUCCUGGAGCUGCUGGUCUUGGAGCAGUUCCUGGCCAUAUUGCCGCAGGAAAUGCAGAUCUGGGUCAGGAAGCGCGGACCGGAGACCUGUGCUCAGGCGGUGACCCUGGCAGAGAUUUUCUCUUGGAAGCUGCAAGACCACGAGAGGUGGGAUCAGCAGGUGCCGGGGCCCUUUGAAAAAGUGGCUGUUAAUUUCUCUAAGGUAGACCCCUUGAAGAUGCAGCUGUACGUGGUGGCCAUGCAGGACGAUGAAAGGAUAACCAGCUUGUUGGCAGGCAAUGGCCAAGCGAGCGAAAGUGAGGAGGAGAAUCUUCGGUUGGAAGUGGAGUACCGCAGGAUGUCACUGGAAAGGGCUAAAGGGGGCGUCUUCCUAUUUCCUGAGGUGGGAGAGGUGCCUGAAAAUCAGCUGCUCACUGGAAGGAAAGUCUUCCAGUUUCUAGAGACUGAAGAGACAUCAGGAAGCCAGCAGGCCCCAGAAAAACACCAGGGAAGGCUCCUGGAACAGGCAGCGAAAAAGGCCUUUCUUUCCGAAGGGGCGAAAAGUUUAAAUGAGAGCACUUUACACGAGGGGCUUGAGGCAAGUCCUCGAAAAAAGACAGUCGCAGGGGAAAGCUGCAGCCAGAGUACCGACCCUCUUAAAAACUUGAAUAUCCAGGCCGGGAAAAAGUCAUACAGAUGCUCGUAUUGUGGGAAAAUCUUCAACCACGCCUCCGCUCAUUUGGUCCACGAGAGGAUCCACACAGGAGAGAAACCAUAUAACUGCCUGGAGUGUGGACAGAGCUUCAGUCGGAGAUCGCACCUUACUAGACACCAGAGAAUCCACACAGGCGAGAAGCCCCACACAUGCUCAGAAUGCGGGAAGCACUUCAGCCGGAGAUCCCACCUUAUUGAACACCAGAGAACCCACACGGGAGAGAAGCCGUUUGCCUGCUCCAUCUGUGGGAAAAGCUUCAACUACCGCUCCCUCCUGAAAGAGCAUGCAAGGAUCCACACAGGAGAAAAGCCAUACAAAUGUUCAGACUGUGGGAAAAGCUUCAAUCGGAGGGAAAGCUUUAUAAUACACGAGAGGACACACACAGGGGAGAAGCCGUAUGAGUGCCUAGACUGCGGGAAAAGAUUCAGUCAGCGAUCAAACAUUACUGCCCACGAGAAAACCCAUAUGGGAGAGGGGAAAUGCAAGUGCUUAGAGUGUGGCAAGAGCUUCUACCAGAUCUUCUCCCCGCCGGCCUAUGCCGAGCAUCCAGCCCUGGGCCGGGAGAGCGUUGCAGGCCGGCCUGGAAAGGCGAAGGCACAGGAAGGGGCUGGCUUAGCCGGAGGAGGCGGCUUAGCAAUGAUGAGCGAGGAGAAGCCGCAGCUGAAAAAGGAGGUGAUCUCCCAGGUAGAAGAGGAGGAGGAGGAGGGAGGAAAGCUGGUGAAAGAAGUCACCGUCCCCCGGGAGAAAGCAGAGAAUGGUAAUCUAGUGAAAGAAGAGGAGACCCCCCAGGAGGAAAAGAACUGGGUGAAAGAGGAGGAGGGGUCCCAGGAGGAAGAGGAGGAUUGGGAGAAAGAGGCAAUCCACGUGGAGGAAGUGGACGAUGACUAUUUCGUAAAAGAGGAGAUUCUUCCAGAGGAAGGUUAUGAAGAGACAGAAGCUUAUGAAGAGACGGAAGAUUAUGAAGAUCCAGAAGGUUAUGAGCAGGCAGAAGGUUUUGAAGAUCCAGAAGGUUAUGAGCAGGCAGUAUGUUAUGAAGGUUAUGAACAGGCAGAAAAUUAUGAGCAGGCAGAAUGUUACGAAGCUUAUGAACAGGCAGAAGGUUAUGAACAGGCAGAAUGUUAUGAAGGUUAUGAACGGGCAGAAGGUUAUGAGCAGACAGAAGAGGGUGAGGCUCUUCUUGAGGAAUAUGAAAUAAAUGUUUUCCAGAUUCCUGGGGAUGAUGAGCCAUGUUAUAGCGAGCCUGUUCCUGAGAGCCAGAAAGUCUAUGUCCCAAAGAAGAGAAGGAGCAAAGCUGUGCCGGUAGAAGGAGCAGGCGUACAACCUGGCAAAGCCACAGUCGCGAAGGUAGGAAAAAUCUACAAGUGCCCCGAUUGCGGGAAAAUCUUCAAACGGUGCUCUCCCCUUAUCAGACACCGGAGAACCCACACGGGGGAGAAACCUUACGUCUGCCGGGAAUGCUUGAAGCGCUUCAGCGACAGCUCAGCCCUGGUUAAGCAUCAGCGGAUCCAUGCAGGAGAGAAACCUUACACAUGCCCCGAGUGCGGGAAGAGUUUCUCCCAAAGCUCAACCCUUAUUGCACAUCAGAGAAUACACACUGGAGAGAAGCCGUAUGUGUGCCCUGACUGCGGGAAGAGCUUCAGCGUGAGCUCCAAUCUUGUCGCUCAUCAGAGAAUCCACACGGGAGAGAAGCCUUUUGGCUGUCCUGUCUGCUUGAAAGGCUUUCUGGUCAGCUCCCAUCUCAUCAGACACCUAAGAAUACACACAGCAGAGAAACCUUAUAUUUGCCGAGAAUGCGGGGAGUGCUUUACUCAGAGCUCCCACCUCGUCGUGCAUAAGAGAAUCCACACCGGCGAAAAACCUUACCUGUGUUCCGAGUGCGGGAAGAGCUACCGUGGGAUCUCAGAUUUGAUCCAGCACCAGAGGAUUCACACAGGAGAGAAGCCCUACAAGUGCCCCGAAUGUGGGAAAUGUUUCAGUCAGAGCUCAUGCCUUAAGAAGCACCAGCGGAUUCACACAGGGGAGAAACCUUUCAUGUGCCUCAAAUGUGGGAGAAGGUUCAAUCGGAACUCGCAUUUGACCAGGCACCAGAAAACCCACACAGUGUGAUUUGAUUUUUUAAAAAUGCUUUUCCGUUGGAAGUUCAUCUCCAUAAUUAUAGCCACUAUAGAAUAAGUAAAGCCAGGUAUCGUGAAAUAGGAAACCUUUCUCCGUCUUCCAAAGGAACUUUUGUCCAACACUUGAAUUGGAGGAUUAUCAUCAGGGAAAUAAUACAUAGGAUACAAUUGCCAGUUUUCUUCUAAAAUGUCCUUUCCCCCACCUGGCUCCUACUCUCCAUCCACUUCUUCACAGGAUUCUAGUAUCUUCCUCAGAUUAUAUUCUAUACCGUGUUCUUUCCUUUUUACUCGUUUUAAAAUGUCGUCCCAUUGUCAACACCUUCAGACAGGUCAGCUCUCGAGUUUUCCUAUGGAUUUUGAGUCUCUCUCUCUCGAUGCCCUCUGGUUUCUGAUUGGUUUUUACCAAAUUCUUGGAAGCUGUGAUAGGUGGCUGAGGAAAAGAGAGAGAGAGAGAGAAGACAAUGAGACUAUAACCUAAUACCAAGCUCUGUAAUGGUGCCAGCACCCUCCAUUUUCUCUGUUGUGGCAGAGCAUAAACUUAAUAAGCGUCAUCAAGGGGAUUUCCUGUGUGUCUGCACGCUGCCACUCUCUGCGGUGAGAAAAAGGCAAAAGAGGGAGCAAGAAAGAGAACUGCCUGACAUGCCCCUUGUCUUGUUUUUACCCUGAUAGUAGGCAAUGGAGUCUUGACUGACUGGGAGUCGGAGCCUUCAUCACCCCCAAGACAUGGUGACUCUGAACUGUAGGUGUUGCUGAAGUUGGCGAGGGGGUCAUAUCUCAAGAGCACAGCGUCCAGAAGGCCCAAUUUCCAGUCCUUGACGUUUACAGCUAAAAUAAGUCUCGGGUGGUUGAAAAUAGGAAAGAUCUCUCUCUCUGCCUUGGAGCACACCGCUGCCUGACAAAGUUGACAUUAUUGGGGCCCAAUGGACCAGUGCCCUGACUCGAUGUAAGACAGCUUUCAGCGUUCAAGUUCCUUGGCGUCCGCUCUGGUCAGAAGAAAGGCAGUGUGGGAAAUCUUCAGUAAAGGGCCUGUCUGGCAUUAACUGAGAACAAACGGGGGGUCCUCACCUUGUUUGGUUUUUUUAGCAUGCAUUGUGGGCUCACGACAACACCAGAGCUUUAAAAUACCAGUGUUAAUUCCUUCCCUAUCUAAUGAUCUUCCUUUCUUUUUAGCUGAGUUGAAUGGUUUUAAAGUAAUAAUAGGAUAGCAGCUGACCCCAGGUAUAGGGUAUGGGGUGGCUGCCUGAGUUAUGAACCACAAAGACUUUGGCUUGAAUCUCGCCUCUGCCGUGAACGGACUUCUUGGCCUGAAACAAGGCGCACAUUUCUCUCAGCUUCAGCCGCCUAUCCAACCGCAGUAUGAAGAUAAUAAUACCGAGCUUCCUUAUAGGGAUUUUAAUGAGAUAUUCUACGUGGAGCGCUUUGGACAUUCAGAAAGUGCUCUGUGAAUGCUAAGUUAUUGUUUUAAUCUGGGAUAAGUUUUGUCUUCCUUGAAUGGGGACAUGUAACUGGGCUCCAUGAUGUCUUCUGCUUCCACUUCUCUCUGUGUCUCUGCUCUCUUGUGAGCAUGAGCAAUGCCCCCUCUGAGGCAAAUGUGAGAGACCUGAGACGGGCAAAGGAUUGGAAGGGGUGCAGCGCUGACUGGGGAGGGUUGGAGGUACAAAAAUUAGCCCCAAUCUCGUCUCAGGGGCAGGUCAAAGACUCAGAGGUGCCCUUAAAAAAAAGCACACAACGAGCAGGACAGAAGAUAGCUGCCUCAAUAUUUGACUGCUUGAGAAGUAUCUAAUAUAGCUUUAUUCAGUCGUUCAUCUUGAUCUGCAAGUGCAACAGUGUUGUCUGCCCUGCUCCCAUUGUUGUAAACAUACCCACCCAACCAAAGGUCUGAAGAGGGCCUUUAAGCAUGUUUGCUUGAACAGGCCUACAAGCCUUACAGUUGCCCCUGACAAGGCAGGUUCCCAGUAGUGAGGAAGCUUAUAAGCAUUUUCAGGCAAAUGUUUUUACAAGCCCCCUAUAGACCUUCACACAAAAGUUGGGUGAAGAGCAGGCAUGCCUCUGGUGCACCUGGAGACAUUUGAGGCAGGUCCAACUCUUGCCGCCCAACCCUAGAUAUUUCUGCCCUCAUGUCAAGCGGAAUGCCUCAAGCAGCCUGUGUUUCUCUGUUCCUUUAAGCCCCUGUUCCUGUUUACACCAGAACAUCCCCAAAUCUAAUUAUAGUUAAGAUGUCUGCCUGCUGUAUACAGAAGCAGUGUUGUUUUUUAAAAAAUUAUUCUAAACACCCAAAAAGGUGAUGUGUUAUUCUUCCAAAGUAUGUGCAGAGCCCCAUGCUUGCUGGGUAUCUGUACUUUUAGAGUGUGAUUUUAAAUAAAGUAAAAAUAAAUAGAAUGCUUUGGGGGAAAAUAUAAUUUGUGGCUUGAAACUUUCUUUUAACCCUCCAGGGACCCUAUUUUUGUAGUUUGCAUGUGUUGCAGAAAAUGUUAUUCAGCAGUUUCCCUCAACAUAGGAACCAACUCCUAGGGGCUGAAGUCCCUUCGCCUCCCCCCAAUAAAAUAUUUGAGGGGCCCGCUCACCAAAAGUUAAUGAGGAUUGCCAUUCAAAUGGUGGGUGUGUGCCACGUCUUGUGAUCGAUUAUGUGGGGCAGGUGGCUUACCUGCCCCCCCCAUAUUUUAUUCAAGUUGACACCCUCGUUCCUCAACAUGGGGUAGAGAAAAUGGGUCAGAGAAAGUGUUUCUCCCUCUCCCAUGAUACUAGAACUUGAGGAAACUCAAUGAAGAUGGAAGACUCAGGACUGUUCCGUAACUAUUUCUUCCCACAGCACGUUGAAUUUGUUCCCACAAGAAGUAGUGAAGGCCACCCACUUGGAUGGCUUUAAAAGAGGGUUGGACAAAUUCAUGAAGGACAAAGCUAUCAAGGGCUACUAGCCACAAUGGCUAUGUUCUACCUCUCCUGUCAGAGGCAGUACACCUCUGAACUGGUGAGAAUCUCAGCUGGGGAGAGUACCCUGGCAUUUAGGUUCUGCUUGCAAGUUUCCCUUGUGCGUCUGGUUGGCCACUGUGAGAACAGGACGCUGGAUUAGAUGGGCCUUUGGCCUGACUCGGCAGGGCUCUUGUGUUCUCAUGUGGUUCCCUCUAGAUGCUUGGGACUACAACUCCCCGCAGCCCCAGCCAGCAUGGCUAAUGGAAAUUGAUGAUGGGACUUGUAGUCCAAAAUGUCUGGAGGGUGCCAAGAUUGGGGAAGACCCAAUAAAUGCAAUAUUUUAAAAACUUCAGUGAGGAAAAACAAAAGCUGAAAAGGGCACAGGUGAAAGCUAAAAUGUUUAUAAUAGGAAUUGAAAACCUAAUGUGAGGGGGGAAAUUGAGGGAGCUUCAAACAACGGUAAAAUCCAACAAGGCACAUCACAGGCUGUACAAAAUAAAUCCUGUGCGGAUUUUGUUUCAAGUAGCCUUCACUUUGCCUGGUGUUUCUCGGGAUGUAGGUUUUAGUCUGAUACUUUGGGUAUCAUAGUUCUCUAUUAAGCCAUGAUCAGCUUUCUAGCAUGGUUCCAAACUGAGAAUAUGCAUUUUGGAAGAUGUCAACUUGGGCAGCAAAGUUAAUGGACAUUGGACAUUUGGCCAGUCUGGAAUUACCUUCUUAUUCUUAAACCGAUAAAUUUGUGACAACCAGAACUAGAAAUGUUGCUAUCACGCUGUCUCCAAAAAAGUAGUGUUAUGCAUUUGGGGUGUUAAACUGGGUGCCAGACCCCUCUAAUCCCUGGAUCUAGCAAGUGUUAGAAUUUAAUCAAGUCUUCUAAUUAUUGGAAUGGCCAGGCAAGCUUUUUAGUGAGGUGACAGCUUGGGUGAUGACCCAUUAAGUGGGAUUAAGUGACUUGGUGUGAGACAUAGGAGAAGGGGGCUCCCUUAACUGAAAAAGCCAAGAGUUUGGAGCACAGGUAGCAGUGAUUUUAUCUAGGAAGGAAAGCAGCUAGCUGGAGAUAGAGGGAGAACAAUGUUUGAGAGCAAUGUUUGAAUUCUGCUUGCAUCCAAGGCUGUGGCUAUGGGCGAAACAAUACCCUUUUGGGGUGUUAAUGCUGUGAACCCUGCCAACAUAGGCUCAGGCUGUAUAUAUGUGUAAAUAAACCAUAUAUCAUAAAGACA